AUGGCUCGAAUGAACCGCCCAGCUCCUGUGGAAGUCACAUACAAGAACAUGAGAUUUCUUAUUACUCACAACCCAACCAAUGCAACCUUAAACAAAUUUAUAGAGGAACUUAAGAAGUAUGGAGUUACCACAAUAGUAAGAGUAUGUGAAGCAACUUAUGACACUACUCCUGUGGAGAAAGAAGGCAUCCGUGUUCUUGAUUGGCCUUUUGAUGAUGGUGCACCACCAUCCAACCAGAUUGUUGAUGACUGGUUAAGUCUUGUAAAAAUUAAGUUUCGUGAAGAACCUGGUUGUUGUAUUGCUGUUCAUUGUGUUGCAGGCCUUGGGAGAGCUCCAGUGCUUGUUGCCCUAGCAUUAAUUGAAGGUGGAAUGAAAUACGAAGAUGCAGUACAGUUCAUAAGACACGACGUGGAGCAUUUAACAGCAAGCAACUUUUAUAUUUGGAGAAGUAUCGCCCUAAAAUGCGACUGCGUUUCAAAGACUCCAAUGGUCAUAGAAACAACUGUUGUGUCCAAUAAAACUGGGGUGCCUGAUGCCAUUGCCUUGGAAAUGGAACUUGAGACAGUACUUAAUUUGUCGUACAUAUGGCUUGCUGAAUAAGUCUAAUGAAGCUUCCGUAGGAGCAUUGAAAAGCAGUUUUACCAGGCCACAAAGUUGCAACCUCUAUAUUUGGGUUACAAUCAACCUAUUUGGACAGUUGACAAGAUUCUUGCUGUUCACCAUUUAAAAUGUGCUUAUCAUUUGUACCAAUUGAUCUUUCCUGAAAUCAUGCAGUUUUGAGUUAUGUCUUUAAAUCUAUUCCCAUGCCAGAAUCUUACCAAUAUAUAAGAAAAAUUUAGAAAGAUUAGGUGCCAAAAUACCCAGCACAAUACUUGUAUAUUUUUAGUAUCGUACAGAACUAAAAUCCCAGGAACUAUGAACACUCUGGACCUUAUGUGGUUUACUCCUUCAGUCAUUUCAAACAGAAAAUAGGGCCUAUAUGGUUAUUUGCCUGCUCACUUUAUGUUUACAUCUCCCACAUUUGUGCCGGUAAUACAUCAGGUUUGCUCAACUCCCCCCCCCCCCUUUUUAUUUUUAACCAAGUCUUACAGUGAUUAUUUAAUGUCUUUCUAUAAAUCUCAUUUUGUGCUGUUAUGGAAAAACCUCCAUUUUGAAAAUUUACAUUGUACAGAAGCACAUGUCUUUAACUGUCUCCAGACAAAAAAGCCUUACAGUUAAUUUUAAUGUUUGCACUUUCGGGUGCAACUCUUAACAGGGAGGGCCUGAAAAAAGAAUGGGAAGGGGCUAUUAAGUAUUUUUAGGAAAAUGUUGCCUUUGUCUUGUGCAGAACAUGUAGAAUAUGCUCUUUAAUUUAGUAAAUAUUUUUUUAAACUGUAGAGAUGCUUUGUUAUUGUAGCUAAAAUGAUUCUUAAUCAUAAAAUUUCUGAAAUUCUUGUUAUUUUUUUUUUUCAUACUUACCUGAGGUUGUUUACCAACUUAUUUCUGUUUUGGAGUGUGAUUCCCCCCCCCCCCUUCCCAACCUCUCUUGCAAAAAAACAAAAAGUGGGUUUCUGCUAAUGAAUUGAGCAGACAUCUAAUAUUUUAUAUGCCUUUUGAGCUGUGUAACUUAAUAUUUGGAUACUUGAUAAUUUGUUUUAUUAUGUAAUUGAUAAAAUGGUGAUGUGUAUUAAUGUUAGUUCAACCAUAUAUUUAUACCGUCCGGGAAUGUGUGGUUAUAGUUCUGUGGGAGAAAUAAUUUGUCAGUGUUCACCAGCUUGUAAAAAUCUAGUGCGAGAGCUUAAACAUCUAAAUAAAUAAUGAAAUGCAUUUACCAUUGAGAUUGCUUAAAGUUAAUUU